UGUGUCCGUUAAACUGUCCGACGGAGAUGAGACGAAAGAGAAAAGGAGACGACGUCCGUCGGAAAACAGCUUUACCGGGAAAACUAACGCGCAGCAUGUGGCCGGCGCUUUGGACCCCGAAAUGGUGGAUUUUUACGGUCUGUGUAGCAGGUGUCUUCCCUCAGCCAUGCGCUGGUGUCCAUGUGUUUGUGAGGGAUGAGAAGCGGUACGCUGUGCUGUUUCAGUCGGUCGUCCUGCCAUGUCAGUACAACAGCGUGUCCACACAAACCGCCGUGGUGCAGUGGGUUUACAAGUCCUACUGUCGGGACCGCACACGGGACUCGUUCAGCUUCCCUGACAGCCUCGGCGGGGGGCUCGGAGGAGGUGGGAUGACCAGCACAAGCGGAGGAUCCGGCGGAAGCUACGACACAGGAAUGACUGCAAGUUACCUCGACUGCUCCGACAACAGCAGGACUGUCCGAACCGUGGCCUCCAUCUCUGGCUCCUCAGUCACACUGUCAGAGUACUACAAGAACAGAGACAUCUCCAUCAUCAACAAGGCAGACCUGCGUAUAGGAGAGGUCCAGUGGGGAGACAGUGGAGUGUACAUCUGCAAAGUGGUCAUAUCUGAUGACCUCGAGGGACAGAACGAAGCCUCGGUGGAGCUCCUGGUUCUUGGUUUCUCAGGUGUGCCAGAAGAUCUCCUACCAGACUUUGAUUUGAAGAUUAUGCCAGAGUGGGUGUUUGUGCUUGCGGUGGUGCUCGGCAGUGUUUUAUUCCUGCUGUUGGUCGGGGUGUGCUGGUGUCAGUGUUGUCCUCACUCCUGCUGCUGCUACGUCAGCUGCUGGUGCUGUCCCGACACGUGCUGCUGCCCCCGACAUCUGUACGAAGCUGGAAAAGGAAUAAAGACGGGCACUUCCACCCCUCAGUCCCCUGUCUACCCUCCGUACUUUGUCACCGGUGUCCCCAGCAUGGUCCCUAUUGCCCCUCCGUCUCUGGUGGAUAAGAUGUCCUCUGUGCCGGCCUCAGAUGGCAGCCUUCUAACAGCAGUGCCGAUGCAUGCUGUAGGCGUAGGGGUCCCCUACCGCGUGCCCUCACCUCAGGAUCAGGACUCUCUCAGGGUGCUACAGUAUGUAGAGAAACAGCUGGCUCACUUCAACCCCGCCAGGUCCACCAGCCACCACUCUUGUAGCGUGUCUGAGCUGAGUUCCCUCCACGAGGGAGACGCCGGCUUCCGUCAGACAUUUCGAAACGUCCAGAAGAAAGCUCUGCCGGCCAUCCCCGAUCAGGACAGUCAGCCUGAACCCCAGCAGCACCGGGGAAGCCGCAGCCCCGAGCCGCAGCGUUACCACGGCAGUCCCCCAUCUCCCCGCCGUCAUCGUGAGGACCCGGACUCGGAUCCCCGCCGCCGCCCGGACGACCCUCCUCAGCCCCGUCGAUACAGCGACGACCCUCCUCCAUCCUCCCCGCCGCGCAGGCCCGGCCGGAAUCAGAGGCAGCAGAACCACAGUGAGGAGGAAAACCACGGCAGGUGGAACCCUCGAUCGGAGCAUCUGCACAGGAAGACGUAUCGCAACGCAGAGCGAACCGGCUCCCUGGACGAGCUGGAGGAGUUUGCCGCGCAUUACAGGCAGAGAGGAGGAAGAGGAGCAGAGAGGAGGGAGGAAGAUCGGGGCGACUACGAGAUGGAGCUCCAGGACUUCGGCGGAUACCCUUCCUACCGCAUCGGCCCUCCGCAGCAUUACCACAGUCAUGAGAACGACAGCAGUGACCACGAAGAUCAGCCCCGCCGGAGCAAGAGCAAAGCACACAACAUCAGCCCGAUCCCCUCGCCCACGAAGAGGCGGGGCACCUGGGAUAAUGAACGCAGCGCCCCCCCUCCCCCCGCCGCUGGCCCGCCAUCAGCUUCUUCUCAAGAAAAGGACUACGACGCCACGUUCCUGAACAGUCUGCUGGAGCGCAAGGCGAAGCUGAGAGGGGUCAGCCAAGGGAAGAGCGGCGGCCGAGGUGAGGACGACUCGGACACGCCCUCUAAGGGCAGCUCCAAAAAGAGCAGCGGGGAGUCCAGCCGGCACUGCAGCCGCUCGCCCAGCAACAGGCCGGAGGUGGACUCACUGCCCGCUCACUCAGAUACAGAGCGAAACAGAACCGACAGGCCGUCUCCACGGCCGCCCGCUGCCAGCAGCCGUCCUGCGCAUUCCCUCAGCGGUCGCAGGGAGGACCCCAGAGACAAGACCCGGAAAGUGGGCACCCUUCUCAGCCGAGACUCUCUCAUCGUCUGAUGGACUUCAAGUAACAAAGAGUAAAAACUUUAAGGGGACGGUGCGUACAGCACUGACACACAAACUCCAUGUCAGCAUAAAAAGACGCUUUUUGAUAGAAUAUAUGGACAACCGUGAGAAACAACGGAGCGAGAGACACGUCUCUCCUGUCAUUUCUUCUCCUGGGACUCCCCCCCCCCCCCCCCCCCCCCCCCCCCCCCGCGGUGUCACUGAGAGAUGAAGUCACUGUCAGACGUGUCUCAGCUGGACGAACGCUCCACUAAUGUGAGCAGGCUGUGUGACCUGGACCGUCCCUGGCAGCAGGAUGCCGUUAGCGUCCCCCGUUGUCCCUUUAGAAAAGACUCUGGAGCGUGCACUCCUGCCUCGCGCCUGCAGCACAACGACGCCAUUCAUGACCGUUUUGAUGAGAUACGUGAUUUAAAGCAGCACGGCUGUAGAAUAGCUGGUAAACGACAGUACCGGUACAGUACAAGUCACACUGUAGCUACAGUUCUGAAACAACACACACACAGUGCGUCAGUGAGAGACAUGUCAGCUCCGCAAGUCUCAGUGGUUUUGAUAGCAGGAACCUAAAUGAGCAAUUUCUGUAUGUUUAAGGGUCAGUUCUAGAUCACAUUAAACUGUGUAGAGUUUGUAUAUGUUAGGUGUUUUAUGAAGCGACAGCAGACGGAGACGGAGAUCCAAAAUAAUCUGUUUUGGUCGACAAAUAGAGAAGAAUUCAUUGAAGAGUUUUCAGGUCGUUUCCAGUAUAUGUCCACACAGCGGUGGAGUGACGCGAUUUCUCCCUGGUUCUCUCCCUCAUUCACGUUGCCUUUAGCACUGACUGUGUGUUUCCUCUGUGAUGAACCCGACCAGUGAGCAUCCCGCCUUCACCCAGAGUCAGCUGGGACUGACUCCAGCCUUCUCUGACUUUUAUUCAAUAAAACAGUAUGGAAAAUGCCAGAAAGGAUGAAGGAAGAAGUAAAACUUAGGUUAUCAACUAAUCCUGCCAUCUCACCUCUGACCAUUGCAUUAACAUUAUUUUCCCUCUCUGUUGUGGAGUAGGGCUUUAUCUUCCACUAAAGGUUGUUGAGAGUUUCCACAAAAUAACUGUGUUCUGAAAGAGACUAAACAUCAUGAGAUUAUAUAUUCUCUAUUAUCCUAUAAGGUAUUGAAGUGCAGCUUGCCUUUAAAACUUUUUUUUUUUUUUGUACGACAGUGUGAAUACUUUUUAUUUUGCCUGUAAACUCAAAUUAUUUAUACGUGCUGUGUAAUAUGUUUGUAACGUGUAAAUGAUCCUGUUUGUCUAAGCUUUUCAGUGCGACUGUAAGAUAUACACUGAUGUCUUUGACUCGGUGAAGCGGAGUCAGCAUGUGCUUGUUGCUGCUGAGUCAUCAACUAAACGGAGUGUGUUAUCAACGGCAACACGUAAACACACACCUCCAACCUACUGCUCAUCACAUCAGUCCUUGGUUACUUUGUUCAAACAACACCACGCAGUAUGAAAUGCUUCAGUCUUAAUCAAUUUUCAUUGUAUUCUUAGUAUUUGGGUUCCUCCUAUUUUCUGAUAUUUGGUACUGAAAAGUGUGUGCGUGCGCGUGCGUGAGAUGACUCUCGACUUUUCUGUCAAGGAGACAAUGUGCGAUUGAGAAUGACUCAUGUCUUUGUUCUUUGUUGUAAUCACAGACUGCUUGUCUUGACUCCCCGGCUGUGUCAAAACUCUCUCAUCUAUCAGUUCUGCCAGCUCAGCUGCAGAUAUCCGCCCGCUUCGUCAGCCACAUGGACAAUUUGUAACAACAAGGUUUUAAAAAUACGGAGGUAUCGCGUGGGUGAGAUGGCGACAAGGUGGCAAAUAUAAUACAGACACUAAGUCCAGCUGUUUUUUUUCUCUCUCUCUCAGGCAAUA